AUGCAGCUCUCCCUCACCUUCGUCACAGGCCUCAUCGCCGCUGGCCUCGCUCUGGCCGCCCCUGCCCCUACAGGCUCAGACGAUGCUAUGCUGCGCGUACCCCUCACCAAGCGCCGUAUUGACCUUUUCGUGUCCGACGACAGUGACCUCAUCGACGAUGACAAGGUCUCUAUCCACAUCAAGAAGCUGCGCAACAAGUACUCGCACACCCUCGAGAACCUUGCCCUCCACGAGAACAACGAGCAGAAGCGCGCCAUCUCCAACAUCCCACUUGAGCCUCAGGGGCCUACGGCUUCUUUUUACUCCGGCAACGUUCAAUUUGGUGGGCAGACGCUCAAUAUUGACUUCGACACGGGAUCCAGCGACGUUACCUUGAACAAGGGAGCUUGGAAGCCCACGACCAACAGUGUCAGGACGGGCAAGCGUUUUCAAAACGUCUACGGUACCGCGACCAAUCGGAAAGUCGUAGAGGGUGAAGUCUACCAGGACAGCUUUGCCUCAGGCAACGUCAAGGCUUCCAAGGCCUCCAUCGGCCUCAUCACGGGCAGCGACAACAUCAUCGACGGAGCUGAUGGACUCGUGGGGCUCGCAUACCCUUCCAUCUCCAACUACGGCUCGGCCCUCCCGCCGCUCUUCGACUCGCUGAUGCAGCAGAACGCUGUUACCAAUAAGGUCUUUGGCUUCUCGCUCGGCCCGCAGGGGUCUGAAUUGACCCUGGGUGGCAUCGACUCAAGCAAGUACUCGGGCCAGAUCACUUACACCCCCGUCACCAAGCAAGCCUACUGGGAAGUGGACGCCUCGGUCAACGGUCAACGCUUCUCUUCCCUCAUCGACACGGGCACAACCCUCGUAGUGGCCCCUACGCAGCAAGCCAUCUCCUUUUUCCGUCGCAUUGGCGCUACGCCCACUCAAGCCAGGUCAGGCGACAUCUAUGGUGUAGUCCCUUGCAACCAGGUGCCCAAGAUCACCUUCACCUACGGAGGCAAGCAGAUUGCCAUGGAGGGUGACAGCUCCGUCUUUGGGCGAGUGGACAGCUCGAGGUGCGCACUCAGCAUCAUUGGGGCCGACUUUGGGCAGCAGGCUUGGAUCACGGGUGACUCGCUGCUGGUCAACACCUACACUGUGUUUGACCGAGCACAGAACAGAGUCGGUUUUGCGACGAAGAAGUAG